UGUGUUUUCUCUCCCCCAGCUCCAUGGCUACAUGGAAAAUAAGCCCCUGGGGCUUCAGAUCUUCAUUGGGACAGCCGAUGAGCGGAUCCUUAAGCCCCACGCCUUCUACCAGGUGCACCGGAUCACAGGGAAAACUGUCACCACCACCAGCUACGAGAAGAUCGUGGGCAACACCAAAGUCCUGGAGAUCCCGCUGGAGCCAAAAAACAACAUGAGGGCAACCAUCGACUGCGCAGGCAUCCUGAAGCUGAGGAAUGCUGACAUUGAGCUGCGCAAAGGCGAGACGGACAUCGGGAGGAAGAACACGCGGGUGAGGCUGGUUUUCCGGGUGCACAUUCCGGAGGCCAGCGGCAGGAUCGUCUCCUUGCAGACUGCAUCGAACCCCAUCGAGUGCUCCCAGCGAUCCGCCCACGAGCUGCCCAUGGUGGAAAGACAAGACAUCGACAGCUGCCUGGUCUACGGCGGCCAGCAGAUGAUUCUCACGGGCCAGAACUUCACGGCCGAGUCCAAAGUCGUGUUCACGGAGAAGACCACAGAUGGGCAGCAGAUUUGGGAGAUGGAGGCCACAGUGGAUAAAGACAAGAGCCAACCUAACAUGCUUUUCGUUGAGAUCCCCGAGUACCGGAACAAGCACAUUCGCACGUCGGUGAAGGUGAACUUUUACGUCAUUAAUGGGAAAAGAAAACGAAGUCAGCCUCAGCACUUUACCUACCACCCAGUCCCAGCCAUCAAGACAGAGCCCACGGAUGAAUAUGACCCCACCUUGAUCUGCAGUCCCGCCCAUGGGGGCCUGGGGAGCCAGCCUUACUACCCACAGCACCCCAGGGUGGCCGAGUCCCCCUCCUGCCUCGUGGCCACCAUGGCUCCCUGCCAGCAAUUCCGCUCAGGGCUCUCGUCCCCCGAUGCCCGCUACCAGCAGCAGAACCCAGCGGCUGUCCUGUACCAACGGAGCAAGAGCCUGAGCCCCAGCCUGCUGGGCUACCAGCAGCCGGCCCUCAUGGCCGCCCCCCUGUCCCUCGCCGAGGCCCACCGCUCUGUGCUGGUGCAUGCCGGCUCCCAGGGCCAAAGCUCAGCCCUGCUCCACUCCUCUCCUGCCAGUCAGCAGGCCUCGCCCGUGAUCCACUACUCGCCUACCAACCAGCAGCUGCGCUGCGGGAGCCACCAGGAGUUCCAGCACAUCAUGUACUGCGAGAACUUCGCGCCGGGCGCCACCAGGCCUGGCCCGCCCCCCGUCAGUCAAGGUCAGCGGCUGAGCCCGGGGUCCUACCCCACGGUCAUUCAGCAGCAGAAUGCCACAAGCCAAAGAGCCGCCAAAAACGGACCCCCGGCCAGUGACCAAAAGGAAGUAUUACCCGCAGGAGUGACAAUUAAACAGGAGCAGAACUUGGAUCAGACCUACUUGGAUGACGAGCUGAUAGACACAAACCUUAGCUGGAUACAAAACAUAUUAUGAAACAGAAUGACUGUGAUCUUUGAUCCGAGAAAUCAAAGUUAAAGUUAAUGAAAUCAUCAGGAAGGAGUUUUCAGGACCUCCCACCAGAAAUCAGACGUAGAAGAAGCCAUUAGCAAGACACCUUCCAUACCUGUCCCCUCGGAGCCUUCCACUGCCCCUCGCCUGUUUUCCUGACUGUACCUGUCCCAGCCCGGAGCCCACACACGGGGCAGUGUUCCGGCAGAUAGCUGACUCUACAUCCAGGAGCUUGCCAGCUCUCUCUGGAAACACCAGCGAGGACACUCUGCCUUUUGAUUUUUUUGUUUUAAAUCCCAAAGAGCAUCUCGGUGGACUUUCAUGGUGUCCCAUCCAAACCAUAAGUGCCUGCUGACCAAAACUGUAUUCUGAUCAAGACAGCACUCUGGAACACACCUGAGAGCAGGGUGACGGCAGCUCUGGGCACGGGCUGGGUGGACGAUGGAAGACAAAGCCCUGGGAAUAAACCCCAGACCUCGGUCAUUUUCCCGGUUCGGGCACCUUCUGAAGGAACAGAGUUCCCAGGCAGAGCAAGCAAAGAGUCUAGCUCACAGGCUGAAGGAACACAGAGAGGCCAGACCAUUGUCCUUCCGGAUCACCUGGUCAUGCCACGGUGGGACCCCACCUAACAGUCAUUUCGGAAUUCUCAUCGGGAAGCAAAACUGUCUGGCCCACACACGAUCCCCUGGUAAAAUUUCUUGGUGUUAAGUUAUGACAUGUAUUCACUUUUUUUCCUGCUUUGGAAAGCUGGC